AUGUCUACCAGUGCAUACACGGAUCAAGAGUGGGCUCGUAUGCGGCCCCAUAUCACGAGGCUCUACUCAGAUGACGCGAGGCCGCUUAAAGAGGUGGUAGAGACAAUGCGGCUGAGACAUGAUUUCCAUGCAACACCAAGGAUGUAUAAGCAUCGCUUUAAAAAAUGGAGCUUGGAUAAGAAAUACAAAGAGAAAGAAGUCAUCCAGAUGUCUCUACUUAAACAACAACGAAGUGUUGCCGGAAAACAGUCCAUCUUCUUUGUGCGAGGUAGACAAGUCGACUGGGAACAGGUCGAAAAGUAUCUACGCCGCAGACCAGACCUCGAGACGAAGAUCAAAGCGGGCAUGCUCAAGAUGGGUAGCUCCAACUUUGAUAUCGACUGUCGCUCACCAUCGCCAGAGCCUGUUCUGCAUGUUUCCAGUGUUCUUCAAUACACGGACGAGCUACUUCGACUGCUCCACGGCUACUAUCGCUCAUGCUACCACGGAACUGCAAGAAGAACUCACGUUGAUCAAGUUGUCGACUGUUCCGUCACUGUUCGAUGCUACAGGAGACUGGAUCAAGCUCGUACCAUGAUCAUGGUUAACAUGAUGAAGCCCGGCUUUCAAGCUCUCAACAAGUCGCUUGAUGACCUUAAGUCUAUAGUGGAGGAACAACAUCCCACUCUUAUCUUCUAUCUAUCCGAUUUCGUGUCCGCUUUUGACCAGCGACACGAAGCCCUGACAUUCGAAUUACUCCGACACACACAUGACACACUGUUGGUUGUCUUUGGGGAAGGCCAUCCACUGGUUUGGCUACUCCGUCGGCUUGUUCGUCUGUUACACAAAGACCGAAAUGAGUUCAUCGCCAUAAUCCUAGAGGCGGCUGUGGACGAUUUCAAACGUCUUCGUGUUAGAGACCGCAUGAUUGAAAGGCUCAGCUGUCACUAUAUCGUGUUGUUGGACUACAUGGGAAUCAGGAGGGAAAUGGCAAAAGACUCGUUCCCGGAAAUGGACGUGGCUUCUAUGGAUUCAGCCAGUGUUUCCUAUCUCGGCAGGUUUGCUGACAGGUUGAUAGUCAGUGGUGACUUUGAAGAAGCAGGGCGCAAGACGGACAUCAUGCUCGCGUGGCUCCAGAGUGCCCCGAAUCAAGAGAAUCCGGCAUGGGCAGAUCUCCAACUUUUUUACUACUACCUCAAAGCACAUGGCGGGUUUUCAAGUGGUGAUCAUGUGGCAGGCGAUGCUUGGCUUCACCGAGUCAGGCAAUUCGUCGCUCAGUAUUUCCCAAACAUGUAA